AUAAUAAGACAAUUGAAGUUACACAGGCUGUUCCCUUUGACUUAUGCUGUUUCUUCUGUGAAUGUGAAUAAAAAUCUAUUCAACCAUCCAUCUUGACCUUUAUAGUUUCUAUACCUUCCUUAAACUCUCUCUCUCUCUCUCUCUCUCUCUCUCUGCAGAUUAAAAGAAGAAGGGAGAAAAAAAUGGGAAGAUCUCCUUGCUGUGACAAAGCUAAUGUAAAGAAAGGUCCAUGGUCUCCUGAAGAAGAUGCAAAACUAAAGGAAUACAUAGAGAAACAUGGAACUGGAGGAAACUGGAUUACUCUGCCAAAAAAAGUUGGUUUGACAAGGUGUGGCAAGAGUUGUAGACUAAGAUGGCUUAACUAUCUCAGACCAAACAUUAAGCAUGGAGAGUUCUCUGACUCUGAAGAUAAAAUAAUAUGCACCCUCUUUGCUAGCAUUGGAAGCAGAUGGUCAAUAAUAGCAUCUAAGUUAGAAGGCAGAACUGACAAUGAUGUAAAGAACUACUGGAAUACCAAGCUUAAGAAAAAGAUUAUGUCCAUGAAUCAUUCAGUGGAGAUGAAACCUCAACAAGUUACCCUUUUAUCCAUCCUUCAAAACUCAACAAAAUCAUCUCCAUCGUUAUCAUUCACAAACAGCUCCUUUUCCUACUCAUCUACAUCAUCAAGUCUUCUGAGUGGAAAUUCUUCUACUUCUGCAGCACAAGAAAGUUACAUUAGUCCCUCUAAGAACAAUAGCAAAAACCAAAUCAACCAUGUCAUAGAUCAAGGACUUGUUGAAGAGUGUGGUGAUGCAACUUUUGUAGAGCAGAAUAAUAUUGAUUCUGUUGAUUACAUAUACAGUGAGGUGGAAGAUAGUGAGAAGUUAAUGUUCUCUAAUGCUGGUAGUGUUAAUGGAUUGUGGGGAGAAAAUCCAUUGGAUUAUGGUAUAGAUGAAAUUAAACAGCUAAUAAGCACUUCUGCAUCUACUAGUAGUUGCAACAACUUUUUGUUUGAUGAGUAAAAGACAGGAAAAAGUCAAGAAGUUGUGAUGGAUGAUGCUGACUAUGUGACUAAAAUGAACAAGAGUUAAAAUUAGAUAUAGUUUGCGCCUUUGUGAUAUUGGUUUUUAUGUAUUGAAUGAAUAGAACCACUUUCUUUGUUUCAUAUA